UGCUAUAAGUCAUUGUUAGUCGUGAUCUCCAAGUAAAAAAUAUCCUCUGUUUCUUCUUCUUCCCCGUCUCUCUAAUUCUUUCUUCACAAGAAACCUAUUAAGUGUUAGGGUUUUGCCUUAACAGAUCGAUCGAUCAUUUUCCAUGGAUUGGGUUCGUGGUCAGACGGUAGGGCACGGGAGUUUCGGGAAAGUAAGCAUGGCCACGGCGAGAAAUGGCGGCGUCGGAUUUUCGCCGGCGAUGGUGGUCAAGUCUUGCUCGGCGUCGCGCGCGGCUUCCCUGUUGAACGAGAAACGGAUACUGGAUGAGCUUCAGGGUUGCCCGGAGAUUGUUCGGUGCUUCGGAGACAGUUAUAGUUUCGAGAAGGGCGAGAAGAUCUACAAUGUGCUGUUGGAAUUCGCUUCUCGGGGAUCAUUAGGGGAUAAGAUUAAGGAUUCGGGGGAUUAUAGGUUGCCGGAAUUUGAGACUCGCAGGUAUACCAAGGCUCUGCUUCGCGGGCUGAGGUUUAUUCAUGAAACGGGUUAUGUUCACUGUGACGUUAAGCUUGAUAAUAUUCUGUUGGGCGAGGAUGGUCGGAUUAGGAUUGCGGAUUUUGGAUUGGCUAAGAGAUAUGGAGGAGGAGGGGAGAGUUUAGGGUGUGAGUUGAGGGGUACGCCAAUGUACAUGUCGCCGGAAAUGGUGGCCAGCGGCGAGCAGGGGCCGGCGGCGGAUAUAUGGGCACUUGGGUGCGUGGUGGCGGAGAUGGCUACCGGAGCGCCGGCGUGGAAUUGCUCUAACGUGGCGGCGCUGCUUAUGAGAAUCGGGGUCGGCGAAGAAGUCCCUGAAAUUCCGGGGGAGUUGUCAUCGGAAGGUCAAGAUUUUCUGGGGAAGUGUUUUCUCAAGGACCCGAGGAAAAGAUGGACGGCGGAGAUGCUUCUAAAUCAUCCUUUCGUGGCCGCCGCCGAGAAUGACGGCGAAGAAUUCUGCGCCGCCGACACUGUUACAUUGAAAGACAAAUCUCCGGUUCCCUUCACUUCCCCUCGAUGCCCGUUCGAUUUCCCGGAUUGGACGUCGGAAACAGAGUCCCGGCAAUCCUCCGUUACAUGCUCAAUUACAUCCUUGCCGGAAUCAGAAUAUUCCCGGCCAUCUUCGCCGGCGACAAGGCUGCGGGGACUAUUCAGUGACCACUCACCCAAUUGGUCUGAAGUUGCUGACGGGUGGGUAAGCAUUAGGUGAUCCCAUUGGUGGAGAUUAAAAUUUUUUUCACCAAUUAUUCCAAUUGUAUUAGCAUUUCGCUUAUUAAUUGGAGAAAUUUUUAAAUCUUUGAUGUAAAUAUGAGGGGAAUAUACUUUGGGAAUCCCCAAAGUUCCAACUGUACAAUGUUAGUUUAAUGAUGACAGAAGUGAAUGAAUCGAAUUCUUGGGAAA